AUGGACGCCGCCCCCGUGGCCGUCGAGCCAGACGGCGCGGCGCGACGCUCCAGCAUCGAGAAGACGCCCAUCCUCGUCGACCCAGACGUCGCCGAACCGUUUCACCGCCUCCCCGACGAGAUUAUUGAACAGAUACUCCUCUCUGCCGACCCCAAUGGCUUCGCUUCACUAUUGCUUCUCAACAGCAAGUGGAGAGCCGUCUCUCAGCGACCUCAUCUCUACCGACACCACCUCGCUCAGUGCGCGUCCUUCCUUUCGAGCCACGACGACUUGCCCGCCGCCAACGAACAGAAUCUCCCAGUUUUGCGACGCCUCUUCGUGCGAGAAGCCAAACGAAAUCUCUUCGAUGCAUAUCUGCGGCCCAACGAGACGGUCAUCAAGCUUGUGUCGAACUCCAUCAGCUCCUCUUCCUGCCCUGGUGGCGAGGGCAUGCAAUUUGGCUCCUCCCCAAGCGGCUCGCAAUUCCUUGCCUACAACUCCUCUCGGAUAUAUGUUAUCGACGUGCGAGGCGAAGGGCUUCAAGUAAAGAGAGAGCUCCGGAUUCUGCGUCGCCCUGUUUCAGCUUGCAUCACCGACGAUGCUAGCCUGCUCGCCGUUUUGUCGACCGAAAUGCAGGUUGACCUCUACGACUUGACGACGAAGCCGCCGCGACGCAAGCAUUCAAUCAUUCUCGACAACAGUCCGCGCACGAUCGCCAUCUCCUCAUGCGGCACAGUUCUCGCCGCAGCGUACGAUGGAGGCAUCGAGGUGUCGUCACUGCACCAGGGCGCCUUGGCUACUGACCGAAGGGCUGUCAAGUGCGACGCCGUCGACGCCCUGGCCUUCUCUCUCGACGGGAGUCAGAUACUGGGAACAACCAUACAUUCGCCCUCUCCGAGCACCGUUGUCCUCACCGCACCCUACUACGACCCGGGAAGUCAGCUCGCCGAAAGUAACCUCAGUGCCAUGUGGACGACGUCAAUCCUCUUUCCAAACACGAGCCGUGACUGCAGUCACGCUAUUCUUCUGCAGGACGGCAGCCACGGGGAGGCGGAGUGGACGUUUACCUAUGACCGCAGCUUUGAGACGUUCCGUGCCGUUCGGCUCGACGACCUGCGAAACGGGACGACCUACUUCACCGGUCCGGUCCCCAAGGCGACCUCACAGUCAAAACUCUUACCCUGUACGCUACCCGCUUCGACACACUAUGGAGAGCUCGUUUCGGCGGGAUUCCAGGGGAAUGAGGUCUGGGUCUAUGGUGUGCCAGGCGAUCUGGAUGCCGUGCCGGAGGUCGCUGCCAGCGAAUCGUCUGCGGGGUCGUCCGCGCUGGGCCGGCACAAUAGUGUGCAAAGCAGCUUAUCCCGCAAUGCCUCUACGCGGGGUCAGGAUGGUGACGGCGAAAGAGUCCCACAGUGGCAAGUCCUCUGUGACAAGCUUAGGAACAAUUUCGUUGCUGGAUGGAAGAUAGCGGAAGUGGCUGGCAUCAGCAACGUCAAGUGGGUCGCGGACUUCGCAUCCAGCUCAUGCAAGGAACGACUUGUCGUCGCAGCUCGAGGCGUGUCUGGCCCCAGACUUGUUACAGACGAAGAGGACAUCGACUUUGUGGACGGUGGCCGCAUCUGUCUGCUAGACUUCGACUAUGGCCUCGUCAACGGUUGCAGAACGGAAAUCACAAUCGAAGUUGGAACCGACGACGCCGAGGUUCUGGAGGAGGAGAAGCGUGACAUGGAAACAGAAGUAGCCAUUGUCCGGCGGAGAACCGUCGCUCAAAGGCGAGGUGGCCGGACAGCACUGCUUCGGGCGGCAACGAGUGCCGGACAGGAACCGCCUCUUCCUCGUCUUAACCUACCUGAAGAUGACGACGACGAUGAUCCUCUGGUGCCCCGAACCAUCGGCAAGCACCCAGCUAGUCAACAACCCGCGGCCAACUUGACAGAGGAAGGCGACUUUGCUUCAAUCGAGGAACAAGAAGCCCUGGAUGCGCCCUACGCGCAUGCAAGCCCUCGAUCUGGCACCACUCUCCGACGAGCAGCAACUGCCGCUGCCGUCAACCGCAGACUGAAUCCUCGAACUGCUGAUGGGCGGCCCAUCGAGUACCGACGCGCCGAUGGGAGAGGCGAACACCCACACGAAAGCGAUGCCGAUAACUGGGUGCCUCCGCCCCCGCCGUACCAGAAGGAUGACCCUGUGGACCUGCCGGCCUUCUUGCGUGGACCCGCUGUCGCACCGCUUCCAUCGUCGACUGCCACUGUACCACCGUCCGCACAACAUGCCGACGGAUACGCAAACAUGCUGGACUCCCAGACGCCAGAAGGGAGCGACGUAAACGUUGCUCAUCGACGCCGCUCGCACCACAGAACGACGAGUGAAGUCACCUCCUCCAGUCGUCUGCGGGUCGAAGGCAUGUUGAGACCGAGGUCGAGCCCUUCUCUUCGCUCCGUGCACAUGAAUCCUGACGAUAUCUAUGAUGUGUCGCCCCCAGGUUCCCCGCAUCUCCCACAGCCAGGUCUGCCAGAGGACCAACAGGUCUCCAGGCCAGGUACGGGGGCGGCGCAGGGGCCCUCGGGGGCGUCCUUUCCCCCCUUGCGGACCGAGACGUUUCAUGUUCCGUCGUCGAGCGCGCCGUCGACAAAUGCCUCGAUCAACGCCUCCCUGACAUCGACAAGGACGGAUGGUUCGCCACGCCAAAGUGCGCCGGUUCUGCAGUUGCACAUCCCCAACUCUCCGCUCUCCGGGCUUCCGUCGGUGAGCGCUGUGGAGCCGCAGAUGCGGCGACUGCCAAAUGCGCAGACGUGGCCCCAUGCGCCAAGAUCCGAGGAUCAGUUACCGAGUCUGAAUGCAGCGGGUUAUCCGCUGACGGCUCCGCCCAACAUCACCGGCCAUGACUUCGCCACGUCUCUCCCGCCUGCUCCCAGCUCUGGACAGCUCGCAAGUUUAAACAAGCGCAUCAGCCAGGGCAAUCCGCGCCGUCUCUCGGGCGGACCCCAAGCGCACCAGAUGCUCACUGAUGAUGGCGGCUCCAAGAGCCAGCCAGGCCACCACCACCACCAGCAGCUAGCUCACAAUGCUGGGACGGACAACUCGACCAUACAAAUGCCCGACUUUGACCGGCCGCUUAUCAUCAGCACACCUACCGGUGUGACUGGCGCGUUCGAUCCCCCUAACCGACGUUCGUCCACCCGGCAAGGAGAGACUCACAUCUUGGCACCUAUACCGCGGCACCCGCGACAAAACAACUUUAUCAACCCCCGACCCGUUGAGCGACUCGAGCCCAUCUACGACACCAGCGCCCAGUCACAGCCGCCCCAGGCUACGCAGCCCAAGCCUCCGAGCGGUCUGCCGGGUUGGCUUCGGUCCGGGCCGUCUUCAUCCCGCUCCAGCCCCUCGAUGAUCAACAGGCGACCAAGCCGGGCAGAGAGGAGUGCCGCGCGGAACAUGAAGGACGCGCGUAAGAAGGGUUGGACUGGAGACAAGAAGAAGAAGAGAAAGGGAGGCAAAGACACUGGCGCGGCGUACGAGGUCGCCAGCAGCGCGGGUUGGACCGACGUGUCAAUGCCGUCCGCCCCAAAGGAGAAGAAGUGCGUCGUAAUGUGA